AUGGCCCCGCGCGCGGGACAACAGAGGGGUAGGGGGCCGCUGCUACCGGGGUUGCUGCUCGUGGCGGCGGCACUGAGCCCGCCCGCCGCACCCUGUCCUUUCCAGUGCUACUGUUUCGCCGGCCCCAAACUGCUACUGCGCUGCGCUUCAGGCGCAGAGCUCCGGCAACCGCCGCGGGACGUGCCACCCGACGCGCGCAACCUCACCAUCGUGGGCGCCAACCUGACCGUGCUGCGCGCUGCCGCCUUCGCGGACGCGGACGGGGAGAAGGAGACAGUCGUGCGCCUACCGGCGCUGACCGCGCUGCGCCUCACACAAAACAAUAUCGAGGUGGUAGAGGACGGCGCCUUCGACGGACUGCCUAGUCUGGCGGCGCUCGACCUAAGUCAGAACCCGUUGCGCGCCCUGGGUGGCGGUGCCUUCCGCGGACUGCCGGCUCUGCGCUCGCUGCAACUCAACCAAGCGCUGGCGCAGGGCGGUUCCGCGCUGCUGGAGAAGCUGGACGACGCGCUGGCCCCGCUUGCUGACCUGCGGCUUCUGGGCUUAAUGGGCAACGCACUGAGCCUCCUGCCACCCGCCGCGCUGCGCCUGCCGAGCCUCGAGUUGCUGGACGCGCGCCGUAACGCGCUUACUGGCUUGGGCACCGACGAGCUUCGAGCGCUGGAGCGCGAUGGCGACCUCCCCGGGCCGCGCCUCUUACUCGCAGACAACCCACUGCGCUGCGGUUGUGCUGCGCGCCCUCUGCUGGCCUGGCUACGCAACGCCACGGAGCGGAUACCCGACGCGCGGCGACUAAGGUGCGCCGCCCCGCGGUCGCUGCUCAAUCGGUCUGUCCUGGACCUGGACGAGGCAUGGACGCGUUGCACGGAUGGCAACGUUGACGGUCGCGGGGAAGAAGAGGAACUCGCAGGCCCGGAGCUAGAAGCCUCCUACGUCUUCUUCGGGCUAGUGCUGGCGCUUAUCGGCCUCAUCUUCCUCAUGGUGCUCUACCUAAACCGCCGUGGCAUACAACGCUGGAUGCGCAACUUGCGCGAGGCCUGCAGGGACCAGAUGGAGGGAUACCAUUACCGCUACGAGCAGGAUGCUGACCCGCGCCGUGUUCCCGCCCCAGCUGUCCCCGCCAGCUCCAGAGCCACCUCCCCAGGCUCAGGCCUCUGA